AUGGCGCACAAAUCUCCCUCGACCCUGGCCGACUCCCGCCCAAAACACAUGAGCAGCCCCAUUUCCCUCCAUGGAAUCGACAUAUCCUCUCUAGAUGCACGAGAUGUUUUUGGCCUGGGUAUGCCCAGUGAAUUGACCGCUCUACCCACCGCCUCGCCCGACCUCUCUCGCACACGUGAAGACCCCGAGCGCCAGAGCUCCCGUUCCGCUCAUAGUCCUUCUCUCUCAGCCGGCCGCAUCACCGACGACAGCACUGUCUCUCACUUCGAUCCUCCGCCAGAGUCUCGUUCUCGUUCAGUUUCUACCUGGAUCUACCCAUACCGCAAAGCUCCUGGUUCCUCCCCUUCCUUGUCUAUCCGUGCCAAAGACAACGACGACGGCCCAUCCGCGACAGUACCCGCCGUACCACCGUUGGAUCAAAGCCAGCGUCCUUUCACUGCCGCUGGCCCCCAACCCUCGCCAGUCAUUCCUUCAACUUCGGCCUCCAACCUGAGCUCAAAUAACGCGAAGCCUAAACCAGCCAAGAAGCGCAUGCCAGUUCUCGGAAGAUCAAAGUCAUUACGCGCCGAGGAUCAGCUCAACGACCUGACAGACACCAAGUCAAAAGCAAAGUCUCCCAUACUCAAGCAAUCGAAGCACGGAGUACAUAGCAAGUCCACUCCUGCCAUCGAAAUGCCUCCUAUGCAGAAACCCCUUCCCGACAACAAUCGCAAGUUUAUGGGUAUCAUGCGCGACAGAUCGCAAGACAGAGCAGAUGCCGACGCUGGCAACAAAUCAAAGUCCAAGAAGGACAAGAGCCAGGAUCGUGAUGGAAAUCUUUACAAGAACAACAACUCUUCGGCCUUUUUUGACUUCCGCCAGAGCUCGUCACGCGCCACUGAUGGCUUUACCAAGGCUAGCAAAGGCUUGCUCAGCAAAAUCACUAGAGGUGGUAGUAACCAUGGCAAGCCUCAGCCGGUAACGGACGAUGGUGAUUAUGUUGUGCAAGUUCUCAACAAGGGUCUCAUUGAGCAGACCCGUCUUACACGUAUCGCCCAGUCAUACGACGACUGCAAGGAUAAGACCGAAUUCUGGAUGCCUGCUUUGCCCUGGCGUGCAAUUGAUUACCUGAACGGAAAAUGCGAAGAGGAAGGUCUAUACAGAGUUUCCGGUGGUGUCGCCAAUGUCAGGAAGUGGAGGAGACGCUUCGACACAGAGCUUGAUAUCAACUUGCUGGACGAGUCGGAACUGUACGACGCCAGUAUCAUCGCAUCACUCUUCAAGGAAUGGAUCCGCGAACUCCCCGAGGACAUCUUCCCCAAGGAUUCACAGCAACGCAUCACCUCACAGCUGCCCACAGAAGUUCCCGACAAGGGCUUUGUCCCGGAGGUAUUGCGCCGUGAGCUUCAGCAUCUGCCACCCUUCAACUACUACCUUCUCUUCGCCAUCACUUGUCAUCUCAGCCUGCUGCUCGAGUACCAGCACAAGAACAAGAUGACUUUGGAUAACUUGUACCGUUGCUUCAACCAAUCUCUCAAACUUGACGGCCGUAUCUUCUACACUCUGGUCGGAAACUGGCGAUUGUGCUGGGCUGGCUGUGUCACGGAGAAUGACUAUCUCGUUAAGGAAUACGACUAUCUCAAGCAUCCCUACCCCCAGUUCAUUCAGGACAGCCUGGCCGCCAAUGAGCGCGCCAUCUCAUCCUCGGAAAGCAGUAACCCCCCUGCGAAUGGAUCUUUUACCCCUGAAGUCCAGCGUCCCGCCACAUCGCACACCCUUCUAUCACAUUCAAGUGAGAAUGACGAACCCUUCAUCACACCAGUCAAGAAGAACAAGCGCAGUUCUUCCGACGUUACCGGCUUGUCCCCUAUGCGCUUCAACGCCAGCCCCCUCUACCGCGGACCAACAUCCAACCCCUGA